AUGGCGAGCCUGAAGGCCAACAAGCUCGCCAACCGAAACACCGAGUUGGCCAAAAUCCGCAGCGAGUCGCCAAGAGUUCCUUCCACUGAAGAGGACAUCCACGUCUACGGCUAUGGCCAGUUCCAGAGGAUGGCGCUGCUCUGCUCUAUCGUCUCGUUCUUUAUGAAUGCAGUUCACAGCCAGACGCUCCUCGUCAUGUCGCGUCCUGUGGCCCAUUGGUGCAAGCCCCCCGACGAGUACGCCGGCUUGUCCACGGGCGAGUGGAAGAACACGAGCAUCUUCAAGGACGUGGACGGACGAUUCAGCAGCUGCACCCACUACGAACCGCCGAUGCCAACGCCCGCGGACAACAAGACCGAGGUCAGCUGCGACCGCUGGAACUAUGACAGCGAGGUUGGCACCACCGUCGUGAAGGAUUUCAGCCUCGUCUGCGACAGGAAGUGGCUGCUCCGGGCGCUCCGGCUCGUGUACUUACACAGCGGAUCGGUGCUCCUGCCCGUCAUGGGCUCAGCGGCCGACAACUGUGGGCGCAGCGCAGUACUCGGCCUAACCCUGUUCGGCCUGGCCUUGUCUGGGGUGGUCACAUCCCUGGUGAAUACACUCUUCGAAUUUCCGGUGCUGCAGCUUCUGACGUCUGGAUCGAUCACCACGUUUCAGGCUAUCAGCACCGUGCUGCUCUUCGAGGUGGCUCCGCAAGAUCGCCAGAUGCUCUUCUGCAUGCUUAACAUCUGCGUGCCCCUGGGGCUGGGUACGGUGGUGCUCGGCCCUAAGUCACGACCUUGA